AGAAAAUCGGUGAAUACACUUUGCAUGAAUUUGAGUGUAUCGUAGUAUAUAAGUUAGCCCUGUUUUUACCGCAAGUUGCUUCUUACAAACAGUUGCUUUGCGUUCAAUUUUCAUCGCAAUAAUGGGACCAAAACCAAAAUUUCAAGAUGAGGAAAAGGUGCUUUGCUUUCAUGGCCCUUUAUUAUAUGAAGCAAAGUGCAUGAAAAGUGAACUGCGGGACAGAGCAUUCCAUUAUUUCGUUCAUUACAACGGCUGGAAUAAGAACUGGGAUGAAUGGGUGCCAGAGACAAGGAUCCUCAAGUUAAACGAUGCCGGGCUGCAGAAACAGAAAGAAUGCUAUGCAGCAUUGAAAGCAGAGAAAGCCAAAAACAGAGAAAAGGCAAAAGAAGCAAAGGAUGCUGGUCUGCCUGUUCCUGGGAAGACAAAGAAGAAGAAAGAGAAGGAGAAGGAGGUAGCAGCCAAGGAGGCAAAGGAUGGAAAAGAGGCCAAAGACCGGACCUCUACACCAACUGUGGAGAAAAAAAAAGAGACAGAAAAAGAGAAAUCCAUUUCUUCAACACCCACAAGUGGAAAAAGCAAAGUACGUGAGACACGGGAAACAAAAGAUAGGGAAACAAAAGACAGGGAAACAAAAGACAGAGUGAGUGAGUCGGAAAAGGAGCGUCCUUCAAAGCUGCGGGAUAAAACCUCGGAUUCAGACAAAGAUCGAUCCUCCCGAGCGUCUACACCGACCUCUGUGUCAUCCAAGAGAAGCAAAGAUGCAGACAAGACAGACAGGUCAGAGAAAGAUAAGACUUCCCGAUCAUCUACACCCACACUGCCUCCAUCAGCCAAGAGACAAAAAGUGGAGCGGGCUGCAGCCACAGCAGCCGCCAGUCAGAUCUCGCAGCAGGCACAGUCUGGCACCAGUACCCCCCAGCCUACAGCCCCACCCCCCAGUCAGGAGACCAGUACACCUUCCACACCCGCCUCUCAGGCCUCCAGUGAACAGAAGCGUAAGCGUGCCCGACUAGACCAGACAAUAGAGUCUGAGGAGUCCUACCUCACGAAGAUUGAAGUGAAGGUGAAAAUCCCAGAUGAGCUCAAACCAUGGCUGGUAGAUGACUGGGACCUGGUCACCAGGCAGAAGCAGCUGGUCACUCUACCCUGCAAGUUUUCAGUAGACAAGAUCCUGGAUGACUAUCUGCAGGUGAAGCUCACCAAACCCAAUCAUCCAAACAAAGACACUAUCAUAGAGGUGAACAAUGGCAUUCGAGAGUAUUUCAAUGCAAUGCUUGGGACCCAGCUUCUCUACAAGUUUGAGCGACCUCAGUAUGGCACGGUGCUGUCUGAACAUGAAGACAAACCGAUGUCCAGCGUUUAUGGGGCCACCCAUCUGCUGAGGCUAUUUGUGAAGCUGGGCAGCAUGCUGGCCUACACAGCCUUGGAUGAGAAGAGCAUACAGAUUCUACUGCACCAUGUACAGGACUUCCUCAAAUACCUUCAGAGAAAUGCUGCCACUUUUUUCAACUUGUCCGACUACCAUGUGGCUUCCCCAGAAUAUCACCGUAAAGCAAUGUGAAGGGUUACCAAGGAAACAGACUUGACAAAAAUAUAGACCAAACGUGUUCAUUGUGAAUCAGUUGUAAGUUGAAUGAUCAAUGUUUUCUUGUGUUAUCUUGAAGGCCAUUUUAAUGAUUUUAAUCUUGUUGAUGUCAUUGUGUCUAUAGAAUCACAACAAAGGUUGGAUUAUUGGCAAUAAGUUGCCAUGAUUUGAUAAUUCGUGGUAUUGUGUCUAUUAGUUCACAAUGAAGGUAGGAUUAUUGGCGGUACAAAUUCAUGACACGAUUAUUAUUGAUCUGGUGUCUGUUUGACAUGGUGGAAAACCUUGUGUAAGCGGAUGAAGAAAACUGCUUGAUGAAGCGUGUAGUGAAGAAAACAGUAGAUUUGUGCGCAAAUAAACAUAAAACAAGACAAGAAAACAAAUCUUAAGCAUUUCAUUAUGUUUGUAUUAUAGUGCAGUUCAUAGAAAUACAUUUUCGAUUUAUAAACA